AUGAGGGAGAUGCAAAAGGAACUAUUGGGAUUGAGAAACAAAGCUGAAGAACGUUCCUACAACUCCUAUGAUCGACAACCACGCAAGGAGGAAGAGAUGAAACUAAGUGAACUCCCGGAAUUUGAUGGUACCUUAGAGCCUGAUGUUUACUUGGAUUGGGAAAGGCGUAUGCAGCGCAUCUUUGAUCACAAGAAUGUUAGUGAUGCGACAAGUUUUUCUUAUGCUACCCUUAAAUUCACAAGGUACGCUUCUUUAUGGUUUGAAAACAUGCAAGUGAGGCGAGAAAGAGAAGGGAAGGAAUCCAUCUCUACUUGGUCAGAUUUGAAACUUAAACUAAAGAAACGUUUUGUUCCACGUACUUAUAAGCAAGAUUUGUUUGUAAAGUUUAAUUCUUUGCAACAAAAUCAAUUAACUGUGGCACAAUAUGUGCAAGAAUUUGAGAGGCUUUCAAUGGCGUGUGAUUGUAAGGAUGAAGAUGAGCAAAAGAGUGCCAAGUUUUUGAUUGGGCUUAAUACCCCUAUUGCAAAUCUCGUGGAACUUCAAGUUUAUCAUUCUUUUGAUGAGUUAUGUCAGUUGGCUACGAAGGUGGAAAGACAGCAAAAGGAGGCUAAGGGUAAGAGCACUCGUUUUCCUUUCACUCCUAAAACUGAAAAUUAUUCUUCUUUCGUAAAGAGUGAAGCUUUAGACAAAGGAAAGGGAGGUGAAGAGGAAUUUAAAACUCCUACUAAUGCCACGGCUGGUCAAAAAGGAAUGAGGGAAAGGGUAUGCUUUAAGUGCCAAGGACAAGGGCAUCUCGCAAAACAAUGUCCUAAUAGGAUGUUGAUUACUUUGGAGGAACGUCUUGCCUUGUUGACACAACAGAUGGAAGAGAAGUCGGGGGAGAGGUCUAGGGAGGAUGAGAGGAAUCCUGAAGCAACGUUGCAUGACAUGGCAGAUCCAUCCUUUUGGGCUGCAACUCCUAUCUAUGAACCGGAAGACAAGAGAGGACUGAUUGUGCGAAGGACUUUGGUGGCAGCACCAUUAGAGGACGCAACACAUGAGCAGCGUGAGAACAUAUUAGAGUCUAGAUGUUUGAUCAAUGGUAAGGUUUAUAAUUUCAUCAUAGAUUCGGGUUCUUGCACCAAUGUUGUAGCACGUGCCUUGGUGGAUUCGUUGGAGUUACUUACGCAAGAUCAUCUAAAGCCUCAUAAGCUGAGUUGGUUGAGUGAUGAUGGAGGUGUGCGUGUUAAGAAGAGGGCUUUGGUAGGUUUUCGAGUGGGAGGGUAUAUGGAUCAGAUGUGGUUUGAUGUAGUUCCGAUGACUGCUUGCUCGUUACUCCUACGGCGCCUGUGGCAAUAUGAUCGACAAGUGCUACACCAUGGUCGAGAUAAUGUGUAUUCGUUGCUCGUGGAUGGUGCUCGUGUGGGCCUCAAGCCAUUGUCGCCUAAGAGAAGCUUGCUUCCUAUGCCUAAGGAUAGUGCAUCGAGUGUACAAGAUGGUGGGGGUCAUGUUUGCCUACAAAAUUGUCGAGAGGAGAUGCUAUAG